GAGAGAGACAGAGAGAGAGAGUGGUUUCCAGCACCAUCUAUUUGGAGGAAGGCUCAAGAUUCUCAUAUUUUCAGCUUUUGUUGGCGAUUAAUUUAUCAUCUUUACUUUUGCACGUUGCUUGUAAUCAGUCGGUUAAUUUGUGCGGCUUACUUUUCUCUUUCUUUGUGGGUGUCUGAAUGUUGACUUUUGGAGAGUUUCUUGUUUUAGUCGUGGGUUGGUGUAAUUAUGAACUUAUAUGCUUUCACAGGUAUAAUCUUUUAAUAUGGAGAGUCAAGAGGUGAUAGAGACUACUAUGGCUUGUCAUAAUUCUGAUGGAGUUGAUGAUUUAAAUGUCUGUACUUCAUCUGGUAAUGGAUUCGAUUCCAAACAAGAUGGGGUUGGUGUAGAAAACAGCGGCAGGGUGGAUGUUGAUCUUUUAGAAGAUCUUGAUAUAAUGAUGGAAGAUAUAGAUCACCGACUCAGGGUUUCUCGAAUGGUGAGUGAUUCUGUGAUCAGGGGAAUGGUUAGUGCUGUUGAACAAGAGGCAGAUGAGAAAAUCAAGGCAAAAGAAUUGGAACUUGCAAGCUUAAAGCGGUCUCUGCAAUGUCUCAAUUUGAAUGGAGAUCAAAACGAGUCGUGGUGGUUGCAAGGAACUCAUGGACCAAACACAGUGGAGUUUAAAGGGUAUGCAAAUUUUGAAGACGCUUGCAUAAAGCAUGAUAAAAUGAAGGAGUCAUCGCUUGUCUUGAGAAAGUCUGCUACAGAUCAGUUUAAGAGGCUUAGGAAACAGAUUGAAGGUGCCCGAGGUUGUAAAAUAAAGAGAAAUGGAUCUUGUCAUGAAAUGGUGGGGUUGGGUGGUAUAUUGAAAGAGAAGGAGUAUGAGAACUGUGUGGGUCUAGAAAAAACCGUAGAUAAUCUGGAAAUGACAAUCAACAACAUAUCUAGGCUGGUAGAUACCGUGCUUAUAUUUUCUAAAACGUCACUUAGUGAUUGGCAACAGGAGCAUGACUUAAAAGGAGAACUUGAGGAUAUGGUAAUACAGAGUUCCAUUAGAUCCAUUCGGAAAGAGUUUCAAGAGGAACUUUGGGGUCAAAAUGCUUCUUGCUGUGGAAGUCAAAGUAUUGUUUUGGCCAAGAAAUUUAGCAACAUUUCAGGUCUACGACAUGAGUUAGAGGCAUUGAUCAAGUUGCUCCCAAGUUGUGAGUCAGGGCAUUUAGUCUCUCAUGGUUCUUUUGAUAUGGAUAAUACUCAUGGCAACCCCUUGAGGAGUCAACUGUCUUUAAGAUGGGGGGAAAAUGGGAUGUCAGACGAGUCUAAACCUAGCGUUCCUGAUAGUUUUAAUGCUGCUGAGUUAAGCCACCUUAAGGGUGAGGAUUUGGUAAAUUUUUUCAACAAUAUGAUAUCUAAGAUAAAGAGGGAACAUGAAUCUAAGGUGCAGCAGAUGACCGAGAGCUAUAUAAGUUUGAAGGGGAAAUACCUGAGUGAAAGGCGCUCCCUUUCUCUGCCUAAUAAGGAAUUUGAAAUAUUAAGGAGGAAGAUUCCUGAAGUUGUUUCCAAAUUGGACGGCAUCCUUUCUGAAAGUGGUGAAUUUAUUGGAAGGGGUGAUAGUGUUGCUAGCAUUAAUGUUCUCAAUAACAGCCUUAACACUCUUAUAAGAGAAAAUCGCCAACUUAGAGACUCACUUGCAGCUAAGGAGAAGGAAGUGACGCAUCUAUCAACCCAACUUUCAGUUGCUUCUGAGAAGAUGUUGCAACAUGCUUCAUCUGCUGCGAACUUCCAAAAGUUGGUGAAGAACCAUGAAACAUAUGUGGCAGAUACAUGUAUAGAAGCUUCGAUUGUGGAAGAUGUAUACAAAAGUGUUAUUGGGAAGCUAUGUUGCCAGAUCCAAGACAUGAAAGAAGAAUCAGAGCUAGGUAUUAUUGCAAUGCAGGAUAUCUAUGAGGUUUUAUUAGGAGUAGCUAGUGAUGGUCAGAAAGAUACUAGUGAUUGUGCAAUUGAAGACACAUAUAUGGAGUCAUUUUUUAUGCAAGAACUGUUGGAUACUGUAUUCAAAGAAGCUUUAGCCGAUGUUGAGCAAAAGUUUGAGAAUCUGCACAAGGAAUAUAUAACCACCAAUGAAAAUCUGGUUUCCCUUAAAAAGAAGGCAAUUGAAAGGGAGGUUGAACUAAAAUUGGGAGGUGAAGAGAGAGAAAGAUUAAGGAGUGAGGUGCAUUCCCUAAGAAGCCUAGUUGAAGAAAAGGAAACAUUAGCAAGGGAACUGACAAAAGAAAGAGAACAAUUUGAACUAGCUUUGGGCGAGCUUAAUAAUUUAAGAAAACAGGCAAGUUGGCAGGAAACACUGAUGUCGAAGACCAACAAGAAGCUGGAUGAGAUGGGUGGCAAGUUAUCGAAAGCAGAAGAGAAACUUGUAUCUGAUAGAAUGGAAAUAAACUCCCUCAACCAGAAGCUUGAACUGGCAAUGGAGGAGAUAAGAGCAUUAGUUGACUAUAAGAACAUGUUUCUUGCUCUUUCCGAGGAGAAACAGAGUCUUCUGUCACUGACUGAAGCGAAAGAGAAAGAACAUAGGAAGCAGAUGGAGGCGGUAGUUGUUCUCGUCGAUGAAUUAUCAACAAAGUUUGUUGAUUUUGAGUGGAGGGUAACAACACAUAUUUCAAAUAAUAACACAAGGUUGGAAAAUUCAAGAUCUCAGUUGAGUUCUCUCAUCAAGCCAGCUAACGUACUUAAAAGCACAGGGCUCCUAUACAAACAGAAGCUUGAAAGUAAAUGUUCCGACCUUCAAAUGGCUGAGGAUGAGGUUGAUCUUUUGGGUGAUGAAGUCGAAACACUUUUAGGCCUUCUUGAGAAGAUAUAUAUAGCUCUUGAUCAUUACUCGCCCGUCUUGCAACAUUACCCGGGGGUUAUCGAAAUCCUGAAGUUGGUUAGGAGGGAAUUAAGUGGUGAAUCUUUGAAAGCACAAUGAGGCAUCUUUGAGCAAGAUGCACCUGUUUAGCCAGAGGUUGCUAGGUUUGCUGGAGCCAUUUGGUUUUUUUGCCAAAGCAACUUUUGAGAUCAGUGGAGUCUCGCAAACAUCAGUCAUAGAGCAUGCAGGUUCUAUCACCCGUGAAAAGUAGUUGAUGAACUUGGCAUCAUGCCUGUGAGGUAGAUAACGUAUGUGAUUUUACAUUUUUGCCCAUGUUUUCGUGUCAGAACACAACACACCCCAAUACUCCAUCUUCAUGUUUGGUCUCUUUUGCCUUGUUCCUUGCUUCCAUGGGCUCAUGGCUUUUUGUAUAUAUAUAUAUGAUAGUACACCAGCCCUUAGUUUUUUCUCCCAUCUCAAAUUUGAGCCCGCUUUUAACUUUCUUGUACUUACGUUUGUAUACAUCCUACCCUCCUCGGACCCUACCUCGUGUGGGUUUUUUCUGGGUUCAUUUGGUUUAGUUUAUUAUGAGAUUUAAUGUAGUUAUGAG